AUGUCCAGCACGGAACACCCGGCAACUAACAACGAGGGCAACCCACCCAAGGGGCCACCGGAGAGACCUGCCUACCCCAUAGGGGUGCCCUCCAAGUUCUCCCCGUCGGGCGAGGUGCAGCCGUUUCCGGGGAACACCAUCCUCGCGCACCUGGGGGGUCCUUCAACGCCGCUGUACGCGGCGCUGCUGCCCCUGCAUGCACAGCUAGCCGCCCGCUCGUCCUCCUCAUCCUCAUCCAAGCUGUACACCCUCCUGCCCCCAGAGAGCUGGCACGUCACGCUGUUCGAGGGCGUGUGCGACCAGGUGCGCGACGCCGACAGGGGCGCCCCGCGCGGCACCUACUGGCCGUCCGACCUGGCCGCGGACGCGCCGCUGGCCGAGUGCACGGCGCACUUUGCGCAGAAGCUCAAAGGGUUUGAGCUGCUGCGCGAUGACGGUCCGCCGUAUCGGAUGCGCGUGAUCGGGUUCAGCGCGCUCGAGGUCGGCAUCGGGGUCGCGGUGGAGCCGGUUGAUGAGGGUGAGAAGGCCCGCCUCCGUCGGCUAAGGGACCGGCUCUCGCAGGAGCUGCGUAUUCGGCAUCCUGGGCAUGAUAAGUAUGGGUUGCAUGUGAGCAUGGCAUAUUUUCUAAGGUGGAUGCAGCCUGAUGAGGAAAUGGAGGUGAAGAGUGUUUUGGACGGGGUUUUGGCCAAGUCGUUGGACCAUGGGGGGAUUUUGGGUAUGGAAUUCGAGUUGGGUGCGCCGGAGUUUUGCGAGUUCAAGGAUAUGUUCUGGUUUGAGAGGUUGUUUUAUCUUGGGGAGGGACGGGAGAGUGAGUAA